GAGAGAGAGAGAGAGAGAGAGAGAGAGAGAGAGAGAGAGAGAGAGAGAGGUAUUCCUCAUUAACAAUGAGUGAGAGUGAGCUGCAGGAUUUACUGCAGAGCGUUGAGGGUGAGGUCACUGAGGACCUAAAAGACGCCGAUGACUUCCUCAGUCAGCUGCAAAAUGAGAAAACUGCAAUACCAAUUGCAGCACCGAUGCCAACAGUGAGGUGGAAGAAGAGAAACAGUGGUGGAAACCUCAUCCACAGGAGACCACGGGCACUAAGGAACCAGUGCACUCAGGCUGGUCACAGUCUGUUGAUUGACACGGUCUCAGCUCCCGUCUCAGCUCCUGUCUCAGCUCCUGAUGUUGUCUUUGCUCCUGAGACAUGUGACGAGUUCAUGCGGGACCUCCAGCAUUCAUUUGCUGAUGUUGAGACUGAAGAAGUAUCCCCAGUGGUUCCCACUGUGACAUCAGCAAACUGGGGCUUAAGGAAAAUGAAAGAGCUGGAAAACUGGAGAUCUGUGAGGCCUUAUUUAGUCAAUACCCUGAUAUCAAAGGAGAAGGUGGAACCCAACUUAUGCCAGGAGUGUCAAAGCAAUGCAGCUGCUAUCCGGUGUCGGGAUUGUCGUCCACGGCCGUUCCUCUGUGGAGAAUGUGAUUUAAAUGCACACAGCCAACAUCCAUUCCACAAUAGAGAGGCCACUAUAGGAGGAUUCUUUGAGCCAUUGCCCCCAACCAAAGUUAUUAUAAAUGAAGCUCUUUGUCAUUGUGAACGAGUUGUACCUCUAGAAGUCCCUUCCAAAAUCUGCAGCUGUCCAGCUGAGUACUUGAAGCUCAGUGCCGGAAAGGUUGUGGCUGUGAUCACUAUGAACGGACGUCAUGACCUCAAUAUCCCAAAGCUGACCUGUGGGAUGUGCAAUGCCACAUGGACUGCUUUGAUUGAAGACCUGAUAAAAAAUGACUUCUGGCCAGCUACCAUGCACUAUGAAACAAUCUUUGCAUGUGAUAUUUUCUUCACAUUUGAAGAAAUGAAAAUGGUAGCGCCCGGAUUGUCUUGUCAGGCAUUUAUAAGAAUGCUGGAUCUAAGAACCGUUCGCUUUGGUCGUACUGGAAAGAUCUCAGCAGACAGCUUCAUGAGAAGUUUUUUUGAGUGGGAGGCUGUGAGAUAUGAAGUUGACAGCCACUGCAAAUCCGAGCCCUUUGCCUGUCCUGCCUGCAGCCCAGAGAUGCUUGCGGUCUCUGUUGAUGGAAACCGCAAACAUUAUCGUUUUAAUAAUUCUGCCAGAUGUGAGGAAAAGGCCAUCUUUGAGGGUGUCUUUAUUGCUGACGAUGAGGACGUUACACAAUUUGUGGACCACAUUCAAAGCAAGGCAAAACAUGUGUCUGGGAAAGGUAAAUGUGGUGGUCAGUGGCAGGCGGCCAGAGAAACCUCCUUAAGGUCUACCAGCAAACUUGAUGAGGAGGGCCUUGAGCUUGCAGUGUGCCGGCAUGGAGUGCUGCUGCGGGCCCUUAAUAUGUACAGGGGAGAAAUUUUUGCGUAUCCCCUGUACUUGCAACAAAAGCUGCCCAACAGCAGGUUUUUUUGCAUGGAUGUGACCUGCAAAUAUUGGCCUUACCUCCAGAGGCUGGCCAAAAGCUGCCCAGAGCUACAGCCUCUUCUUGAUAUGAAGCCAUUCCUCUCUGUGUUUCAUGCCAAAGCCCAUAACUUCCAAUGUGAAGUGAAAUGGAGUGGAGCAUAUCAGGAAGGGGCGGGGUUAACUCUGGGUGAAGAAGUGGAGCAGGUCAAUGCCUUCCUGUCUCGCAUUGCAGUCACCACGAAGCAUAUGUCAAAAGCAGGACGUUCAGACAUGCUGACAUUAAUGGCCAUGCGCUGGAAUCAGCAAAAGACCUCCAAUUUGGCUGUCUUCCUGUCUCACAGAUAUUUGAAAACCACAAGUACUCUCGAGAGUCAGCUUGAAACACUGGAGUCCCAAAAAUCCGAGUGGGGUGUAACUGACAAGCAGUUGGAGGAGUGGGUAACUGAUGUGAAGGAGUGGGCAGAAGAGACAUCCAACAAGACUGAUGAAGCUGCAGUUAAUCUUGGAAGUAAGAUUGAGGGGCUUGUGGCAAGCAUCAAAAGGCGUUCACAACGUCUGUACAAAGACACAGAUGGCAGUAAAGGCCGGGCCAGGGUAUAA